UAACUGAUAUCGCAGCGGAGGUAACAACAACAGUCGAUUCUUGGAGUUUGCGUGAGUGAUAUCGGUUAAGCUUUUAUUAUAGACGGGAAAGUAAGUUUGGGCUUCAUAUAAUCCACUUAGAUUGAAUAAUAUCGAUAACCAGUUGACUAACCGAACAGGAAAUAAAUGUAGUGGAAUUGAUAAGAAUGUCGAAACCUUCUGAAAAAACGCCCUCGUAUGAUGCCAAUGCAAUUACGAAUUCAUCUUUGGUUAACUUGACGCCUAACGAAAUAUUUGAGAAGGAGGAAAAACCACGACAGAAAAAUGCACCCAGAGAAGGAAAACUUGCCACAUCUGACACGGGGACGGUGCUGCAUAUCAUCAAGAGCAACUUGGGCUCUGGGUUGUUGGCUAUGCCCUUCGCCUUUCAUAACAUCGGUCUCCUGAUGGGAUCUGUCAGCACCGUGAUAGUCGGCGUAGUCUGUGCUCACUGUAUGCACAUCUUGGUCAAGUCAUCUCAAGAGCUGUGUUACCAGCUCGGCAGGACCUCUAUGACCUAUUCCGAGACAGUUGAGGCCGCUUUUCUGUUCGGCGGAGGACGGCGAUUCAGCAGGUGGAGUGGUGUAAUGAAAUUCGCUUCUGAUUUGUUUAUGUUCAUUGCUUAUUAUGGGGUGAAUCUGGUGUACGUCAUUCUUGUUGCAGACACAGCUAAGCAGGUUGUGGAGAACCACACGGACUUCGUUAUGAACAUCCGGCUGUAUGCCUUGCUACUGACAGUGAUCCUACUACCUAUCGGUAUUGUCAGGCACAUGAAGUUCCUCGUGCCGUUCAGUGCUAUGGCCAACGUGUUCCUUCUGCUAGGCUGCUCUCUCACCAUAUACCUCUGCCUCGUUGAUCUACCGCCUCUCUCGUCACGGCCUUUAGUAGUCGAGGUGACUCGCUGGCCUCUCUUCUUCUCCACGGCCAUAUUUGGCAUGGAGGGCAUUGGAACUACAAUGCCCAUAGAGAAUGCGAUGCGGUACCCUGCCCACUUCCUGGGCUGUCCGGGAACCCUUGCAGUCGGCAUGACUGUAGUGUCCGCAGCCUACUUCUUCAUAGGGUCCAUAGGUUACAUCAGGUUCGGGGAUGAUGUUCAAGGGCUCAUCACUCUUAAUCUUCCUCAAGACAUGCUCUCGGAGUCAGUGAAGGUGCUGGUGGCCCUCUCCAUUCUCUUCACUUAUCCUCUGCAGCUGACCGCCACAGUGGAUGUUUUCUGGCCGAUGUUGAGGCACCACUUCUCAGAGAAAAACCAAGACCGAGGCUACUAUCUGGUCCGGGGCACAUUGAUUCUCGGAACUGUGUUAAUAGCGAUCUCCCUGCCUCAUCUGGCUCCCAUGGUGUCACUGGUGGGCGCCGUGGGGUUCAACGGAGUCGGCCUCAUGCUGCCUACUGUGACGGAGUUGGCCACCUACUGGGACCAGAUCAGUAAACCUUGUGGUUUCACCAUCAUCAAGGCCACCGCUAUCCUUAUUGUCUGGGUGUUCGCUACCAUCACAGGCACCAUCACGAGUGUCAACUCUAUCAUUGAUGCCUUCACAAUAAAAGUAUUGAACAUGACUGCGGAAACGAAAUCUAAAACCACAAAUGAAGACAACCACACGACGUUGGAGUUGAACACAAGCGAAAGGAGCGACGAACGCGAGGUACGAAGCAGGCACAUAAUCCGGGAUGAUCCCUUGGCCACAACGGAGUGUGAUGCUUUACUUCACGUGGUGAAAGCCAGUCUGGGUUCUGGAAUCCUCGCCAUGCCAGACGCCUUCAAGAACUGCGGCCUCCUCCUCGGCCUCUUCGGCACCGUCGUUGUCGCUCUUCUCUGUACACACGGCACGUACAUACUCGUAAAAUGCUCCCAAGAGUUAUGUUACAUACACCAUAAGUCGUCCCUCGGAUACAUGGAGACUAUUGAGUCAGCCUUCCAGAAUUGCCGUCUACGCAAGUACUCAGUCUGUGCUAGGAGGUUUGUGAGUGUCUUUCUUUUCCUUACUUAUUACGGAGCUACCACCAUCUACAUCCUGCUCAUGGCCUCUACAAUGCAGCAGGUAUUCCUGAACCAUCUGAACAUCAACUGGUCCGACCGAUGGUUCAUGUUGAUACUCUUCCUACCCCUCCUGCCGGUAGCGAUGGUCCACGAGAUGAAGUACCUCGUUCCUUUCUCAGCCGUGGCCAACGUUCUCUUCCUGUCGGGGCUGUCCCUCACCUUCUACUACACCAUGCAGGACCUUCCGUCCAUCAGCUCCCGUCCUGCUGUGACUACUGACUGGUCUACUCUACCACUUUUCUUUUCCACCGUUCUCUGCGGCAUGGAAGGUAUUGGAACGAUCCUGCCGAUUGAGAAUUCCAUGAGGCGGCCACAUAAGCUGGUGAGCGGCGUGGGGGUCCUGAACGCUGCUAUGGUUUUCAUCACCCUCCUUUACGGUGCAAUUGGUUUUUUUGGCUACCUCAAAUACGGAGAUGACGUCAAGGGAAGCAUCACUUUAAACAUGGGCGAUGAUAUCCAGUCCGAAAUAGUAAAAGUGAGCGUGGCUCUCGCUGUGUUCUUCACCUAUGGACUACAGUUCACUGCUUGCUUCGAGGUGGUCUGGAAGGCUGCCCAACCUCACAUUGGUAAGGGCAGGGAACUCGUGGGAUUUUACAUCAUCAGGAGUCUUCUCAUUUUUGGCACAGUACUGUUCGGAAUAGCAGUGCCCCAACUAGCUCCAGUCAUCUCCCUGGUCGGCUCAGUGGGGUUCUCUGUUCUGGGACUGUUCCUGCCGGCCAUCACCGAGACUAUCGUCUUCUGGAACGGCGGCCUCGGCUGGGGGCGGUGGCGCCUCUGGAAGAACGUCGGGCUCGCCAUCAUCGCUAUCUUCGCCCUCAUCAGUGGGACCAGCGUCGCUAUAAGAGACAUUUCCUCCAACUAUCAAUACUUGGCGGGGGAGGUCAUUGUCGGUGGCGACUUUAAUGCUAAAUCGGUUGAAUGGGGUACAGACCUAUCAGACACCCGAGGAAAUGAAGUCGCGGACAUCGCAGCGAGGCUUGACCUUGUAGUGCCUAAACACCGGGAACACCACAACCUUCCGAAGGCCGGGUUACCGAGAAUCCAUCCUGGAUAUUACGCUGGCGACCCCCAAGGACUGCCAACAUUAUCAAGAACUGGAGGGUAUCAGAAGAAUACAGCGGCAGCGACCACCAGUUAUGUGACAUUCGCCAUAGGACUCGCACCUGGAUCGACUUCGCUACGCAACUUUCACAUGCGGAAGUGGAACGCUAGGAAACUUGAUCAAGAUGCAUUGCUAACGUCCCUUACACGGAGUAUGGCUACUCUUCAGGUAAAUCCUACUCCAAGUACUCGGAGGGAGACGGAGGCCAAGAUCAAGAUCAAGAUCGGGAAAGCGCCAGGCCCUGAUGGCAUUCCAGCCGCAGUGAUCAAGAUUGUAGCCCUGAAACCGCUCUGCAUGCUGGAUAUAGCAGGAAAACUGCUUGAGAAGCUCAUUCAAGGUAGGCUUCGCAACGACAUCGAUCGUGCCGGAGGUUAUGCGACAAACCAACAUGGCUUCCGAAAGGGGAAAUCGACAAUUGGCGCGAUUCAGAAGGUAACGGAGGACAGCUCGAGAGGCAUGGUCUGGGAGCCUCAAAGCUCGCAAGCCGGCGUGCCUCAAGGCUCAAUUAUGGGUGCCGACCUCUGGAACGCGGACUACGACGAGCUCUUGCGUAUCUCGUUGCCGAAGCAAAAAUAUGGGCGGGACGUCUUGAAGCAGAAAACAUAUCGGCGAAAGUUAGCAGCGGUGCAGCGGAGAGGCGCUCUCAGGGUUGCCUGCGCAUACCGCACCGUCUCCGAAGCAGCAGUAUUGGUAAUUGCAGGAGCUGCGCCUAUCGACUUAUUGGCGUUUGAGAGAGCCAAGCUCUACAACGCUAAAGUAAAUUGUGACAACUACACGGAGGCAAAAACAAGAAUAAAAAACGAGACGCAACAAGAGUGGCAGAACCGAUGGACGUCGGGGGAUACAGGCAGAUGGACGGAGCGCCUCAUUCCGAACAUCGAUGUCUGGGUCUCUCGGAAGCACGGGGACACGGACUUCUUCCUGACCCAGUUAUUGACGGGACACGGGCAGUUCAAUGCUUAUCUUUUCAAGAUGGGCCUGCACACCACACUGACGUGCAAAUACUGCCCUGACAAAAUUGACAACGUCGAACACACAUUCUUCGAGUGUGCUCGGUGGAUUGACUGUAGAAGCACCACUGAAGAGAUCAUAGGCACCAGGCUCUCCCCCUCAAGCCUGGUGGCCUAUACGAUCAAAAAAGAAGAAAAUUGGUCAGCUGUUGAAGCUUACGCACAGCGCCUCCUGAAAGCUAAAAUUGCAGAAAGGGACCACCAGUUCGAAAUAGUAAAGGUGAGCGUGGCUCUCGCUGUGUUCUUCACCUAUGGACUACAGUUCACUGCUUGCUUCGAGGUGGUCUGGAAGGCUGCUCAACCUCACAUUGGUAAGGGCAGGGAACUCGUGGGAUUCUACAUCAUCAGGAGUCUUCUCAUUUUUGGCACAGUACUGUUUGGGAUAGCAGUGCCUCAACUAGCUCCAGUCAUCUCCCUGGUCGGCUCAGUGGGGUUCUCUGUUCUGGGACUGUUCCUGCCGGCCAUCACCGAGACUAUCGUCUUCUGGAACGGCGGCCUCGGUUGGGGGCGGUGGCGUCUCUGGAAGAACGUCGGGCUCGCCAUCAUCGCUAUCUUCGCCCUCAUCAGUGGGACCAGCGUCGCUAUAAGAGACAUUUCCUCCAACUAUCAAUAACGCGUUACAAUAAAA